CUUACAGGGAAGUAACUGAUUAAAUAGCCGGGUGAUACGGUCAUGUGAGCUGGGAUGGAUCUUCACUUCAAUCUCGGAAUGCAUUGUGGCCUUGUUCAAUAGACAAAAAGAAGAAAAGUGGCAGAAGAGAAGUAGCUUGCUGGAGGACAUCUAUAAGAAAGGGUUAUCUUCUGUAGAGGGAGACAAUGAACCACUAGGACAAUCCGAUCGAAUGGAUUCUAAGGAUUUUGACCUACAAGAUGACUAUAAGUCACCUUUCAAUUUUGACUGUGGAGUCAAUAGGAAUUAUCUCUUCCUGUCGCCUCGGCUGAGUAACACUCCUCCGGAUUCACCAACUCGUUUUGGCAAGGAUCUCCUAAAGUCCGAACCUAUACCAGAGGGAGAAGAUGCAGCUGCUACAGUAACAGAGACCUUAUCAGAGGAGGAACAGGAACACUUACAAAAAGAGCUCGAGAAGGUAGAAGAAGAGAUACAAACACUCAGUCAAGUCUUAGCUGCAAAGGAGCGGCAUCUAGCAGAAAUCAAAAGGAAACUUGGAGUUACCCCAUUGGCAGAACUGAAACAAAAUAUUUCUAAAGGGUUGCAGGAUGUGGCCUCCACCAACGUGUACAAGAAAACUUCAGAAACCCUGUCCCAGGCCGGGCAGAAGGCCUCGGCUGCCAUUUCAACAGUUGGAUCAGUCCUCACAAGGAAGUUGGAGGAUGUAAAUAUACGUUCUAUACAGCAUUCCAUUAGUAUGCCUGCUAUGAGGAAUUCACCCACGUUCAAGUCAUUUGAAGAAAAAGUGGAAAAUCUGAAGUCCAAAGUUGGUGGCACCAAACAACCAGCCGGAGAUUUCGGAGAGGUGUUAAACUCUGCAGCCAAUGCCAGUGCCACAGAAGACCUCACAGAAAAGGAUCUAGAAACCCAAUGAGAUCGCCAUUGUAUUCAGCCAAAUCUGAAAGAUGCUGCAGGAAAAUCGAAAGCACAUCCAGAGCGCCCUCGUGUGUUCCCCCAAAACAUGUCCUGUUACCAGUGCCCUUCUUUCUGUCUUCCGUUUGCUGUGUAUCUCUCACUUGUUCGCAGUGCGGCCCGUCAUAUAGUGGCUGAAUUUAGCCGAAGGCUAAAACCAUUGACAUCAGUGCAGCCGCCACUUCAAGUGACAUAUACACUUAGAGCCCAUUCACACUAUGGAAUUCGGUGCGUCGACUCCAUUGAUGGCAAUGCUGUCUGUAUGAAAAUCUGCCGGAAGAAUUAACAUGAUCAUUCUUUUGGCGGAACGACAAAAAUUCUGCAGUGUGCAUAGUGCAACAGAAUCCCAUUGAAAACAAUGGAAGGCUGCUGCACUGGAAAUUUAUGUAGUGUGAAUGGGCCUUUACAAUAGUGACCUAUGCACGCCUGUUUGUGGUAUUUACCUUAUCCAAAAAUGUCUAGUGGGAGGGGAAUAGAAAGGGAUUUUUAUGCAAAAUGUUACAUUACUCCUUUACUACUGCCAAAAUAUUUGUUACACACUGGAUCCUUAUCUUACUGUGUAGACACUAAUGAAAGCGAAAAAUAAACAUGUGCGAGAAGAACCGCUUUUCUUCCGUAUGGCUUCAGCAUGGUGAAUGUGAUUUCCGUCAUGUUUAGGACGCUGUAUGUUAUUUCUCACACAGUCUUAUGACCCGCAUUCACAAUAUACAUUUCUACUACUGCUGUAUGGAAGGAAGAUAUACAGGUUUUUGAUUAAACAUUUUCCAUGUUACUGAA